AUGUCACUAAAGAAGAAGAAUCAAGAUGAAAUGAUGAAUCUACCAUUAACAAUAAAUAAUUUUUUAAUAGUUUUCAAAGAAUUUUUAACAGUUUGGUUAAAUCAAAUAUUAUAUUAUAAUAAAAUAUACGACCCAUUAAUUUUUGAUGAAUAUAAAGCAUUUGAAUUAAUUAUUAAGAAGAAUAGACAUCCUCAAUUAGAUCAGUAUGUUGAUAAGCUACUACUAAACAUAAUAAAUAAUUUAAUUAUAGGUAAAAAACAAACAAAUGGUCUAAAUAAAAUUUCAUGUUUAAUUUAUAAUACAAAAUCUGAUAAAGUGAUCAAAAGUUAUUCAAUAAAAUUCUAUCAAUUUGUAAUUAAUUUGGAAAAAACUAUUAAUGAAUUGAAGGAAAGCACAGAUUCUGAAGAUACAUCAGCAAUAAUAGAUAUACCAGACAUAACAUGGAUUGAAAUAUACACUCAAUUUCAAACAGUACUAUUUAAAUUGAUACAAGAAUUGAAAAAAGAAACCUCACUUGAGGAUAUUCAAUAUGAAGUUGGAAUGUCGAUGAAUUCAACAAUGCCUGACAAUGAUCUAUUUUUCAAAGUUAUAGUGGACUUGGACGAACUGAUUUAUGCAUCAGCGGAGCAUUGGAUUAGACUCAAUCAGAGUGAAAAUACUACUAUAGAGACAGUAAAACCUUUAGCACAAUUAGAUUUGGAUAUUAUGAAUUUUGAUAUAGUUAAUGAAUAUUUUCAAUGA